AUGCUGUUGAACGUAUUGGCUAUUGCGGCGCUCGUACUUCAUCGCGUAGAUGCGCAACGAACCACCUACACCGGAUGUAGCAACCAAACCAUCGGCAGCAAUGUACUGUACGGAUGUCUAGGUCCUGCUGGAACGAGAACGGUUUUCGAGACCUACGCCGCGACUACAGUUCCCGCCAGCACCACGGCAGCAAGUGCCCAGACGACGGCAGUGACCGGAUGCCAUACGCACUCGGGUACUUCAGGUGUCUUUUGUACAAAUGGCGCGGGAACCGAAGUUUCAGUGGCAGCGWCACCGACUGGCGAAGCUCCUGCAGCAUAUAGCGGGUGCCAUGCCCAUGCUCCUGGAGAACAAUAUUGCUUCACAGACGAAGGCGAAGAUGUGGCGGUAGUACCUGUUGGAGCGGAAGCUGCUCCUGCCGAAGAGGAGGAAGCCGGUGAAAGUCAGCAUUGUCACGAUCACGCGGGAGUACCACAUUGUGUCGGUGGAGCUGCCGAAGAAGUGGACUGCGGUAUGCCAGAUCGUGACUACAACAAGGGCUUGCGAAUCGGCAUGAUCUUUGUCAUUCUUGUAACGAGCGGAAUCGGUGUCUUUGCACCGCUGAUCCUCACCAAACUUCCCCUGGGAAACAACGUGCUGGGCAAUAUCUUGCUGGUGGUCAAGCAGUUUGGUACCGGCAUCAUCAUUUCAACUGCCUUUAUCCAUCUGUACUCCCAUGCCCAGCUUUAUCUCAGUAAUGAGUGCAUAAAUUGGCCAGUGUACUAUGAAGGUACAACCUCAGCCAUAGUAAUGGCAGGGCUAUUCCUCUCGUUCCUCAUCGACUACGUUGGUCACCGUAUCGCCGAUUCGCGCAAGCCAACGAUUGCAGGGGACGCAUCAAGUGCUUCCUCCGCAGUUGCGCAAGAUCACAGCGAGAAGUCUGGCACUCAGACAAACAAGCAGAGCCGCAACGCCUUCUUACUCAUGGACCACCAUCACGGCGGCGACAACAACAAGCUCUCUGUCUCAUUAAUGGAGGCCGGUAUCAUCUUUCACAGCAUCAUCAUCGGACUGAUUCUGGUUGUGACACCGGACAGCUCCUUCCGGACACUCCUAGCGGUGGUAGUCUUCCAUCAAUUCUUUGAAGGUCUCGCUUUGGGAGCACGGAUCUCGCUCCUCCCAAACACUUCCAUCUUCCCGACCAAGUUCGCCAUGGCGUUCCUAUUCACUCUCAUCACUCCUAUCGGGAUGGCCAUUGGGAUUGGCGUUUUGGACUCGUUCAACGGGAAUGACCCAAGCACUAUGAUURCUUUUGGUACGCUGAACGCGAUUUCGGCGGGUAUUUUGAUCUGGGUUGGUGUGGUGGAUAUGUGGGCAAGAGAUUGGGUUGUUGAGAARGGGGGAUUACUCCACGCCGGUGUUGUCAAGACUAUCAGCUCGCUGGUAGCGCUCAUGCUGGGAAUGAUUUUAAUGAGUGUGCUGGGCAAGUGGGCGUAG